GUUGUUUCCCUUAACCUGUUCAAUUGAUAGGUGAUUGCGUAUUGUCACGUUGCACUCAUCCUAUCAUUCAAGGGGAACUACGCUAUUUAUUUGAUCUCCAUCGUAUCUCUGUGUGUUUUCCGUGUUUGGAGUUCCUUUUUGUGUUAACAACCUUUCAGAUUUCAGCAUCUGUUGCUGCUGCUGCUGCUGCUGUUGUUGUUGUUGUUGUUGUCUUGUCCCAGUCUUAAGGAGAUCAAUAAACAGGUCCCAUUAACAUAACAAGCGACUAGCUAAUCAGCCACACAUAUACACUCGUGACGCUUUAUCUCAACGCUUUAUCUCAACCAUUGUAUCAAUAAUGACAAAGAAACUACCGGCGCACGAAAAGAACAACAGGAAACCUAUAGGUAGGGCAUGCACGUUCUGUCAUAAAAAGCACCUACAGUGUGAUCCUGGAAGGCCGUGUAAGAACUGUGUUAAGAGAGGAGUUGCAGAUUCAUGUCAAGAUGUUGAAAGGAAAAGAGCCAAGUAUCUUACAGAGGCAAAGAAGUUACAGAGAGUUAGAAAGGCUAAGGCCGAGGCAGGUCAAGCUUCACCUGUUGCCAGGACUGAGUCUCAGAGCUCUGCUACAUCAACGUCGUUGGCAGGUUUAACACCGGCGGCAGUGAGGACUACCCAGCCCGAUGUUUCGGGACAGCUGAUGUUUCCAGAGUUGUGUGUACCUUUCCACCACGCGCUAGGCCACUCGCCUUUAAAUCCAGCGUCUGAUCUUAGUGAAAGCCCUUCAAUGGCUAAACCGAUCCGCCACUCAAUUCAAGAUAGAAACAAAAAUGAGAACGAGACCCAUACGCAGAGUAAGGACAGCAGUCAGGGUCUUAAUGACAGUCGAAGUGAGACUCGUACCGAGGGUCACACUCAUACACAACAGCUGGGCGUUGGAAAACAGAGUAUACUGCCGCAGCGUAACCCUUCACAGGAUAAUCAGAACUACCAUCAGCAACAUCAGACACCACAGUCACAGCAAGAGCACCAUCACCACAGCCAACAACAUAGAAACACAAGCACGGUGGACUCGCCGGAUGUCUUUUCAUCUCUCUUUGCUAACCAGGAGUAUGCGCAGUUGGCGGAUUUGUUAGACAAUAACAGUGCUAAAUCACCAAGCCAAAGCUCUGUGAUCUACAAUACUGAGUUCCAAACAUCUUUCCAAACAGAUAACAACACAAGACCUUACAUCUCACUCUCUGAUAAUUCAACAAACACUAAUAACAUGCUGCCAAACAUCAUGCUUGCGUCUGAUGGUCCAGACUACACCUCACCACUCAUAUUGAGACACUUGAUCAAGUCUCCAGAGGAAGUAUACACGUCCAAUUUACAACCUUAUAACUACCCAAAGGCAUACCAUGCAUUGUUGGACUACCUCAGAAAGAGAUUCAACAAGAACCAACUAAUUCAAAUCGCAGAAACAAUGGCUGCAUACCGUCCUAGUUUUAUUGCUGCUACGAGAUCGCUAGUGGAGAUGGACCUCUUGUUUGCAGAGAGGUCAUUCCAGAGAUCCUUGCUAGAGUAUGAAUCCAUGUCCUCUCUCAGUUCGAGUCCUACGAUCAUGUGGAGGCGUACCGGAGAGGUUGUCGCAGUGAGCACUGAGUUUUCAUCCCUGACUUCACACACAAAGACUGAGUUGCUCUCCAAGAGAACAUUCAUAAUUGAGCUGAUGAAUGACUCCAGUGCUUUGGACUAUUUCAGGCUCUUUAGCUCUGUUGCGUUUGGAGACUUGAACGGUGUCAUCAUCACCGAGUGCACGUUGAUGAGCCCCAACGGUGAGCAAAUCAGGUGCGCAUCUACAUGGACUGUCAAAAGAGACGUGUUUGAUAUUCCAAUGCUCAUAGUUGGCCAGUUUCUUCCAAUCCUGCAGGUUAAAUGAAAUACACAUAUCUUCAACUCUGAAUACUACAGAACGUCAUAACUACUCGACACAAGUUGUAGUUCGGCGUUUAGCUCCCUGUAGUAUACGCAUAGACACAGCACAUAACGUGUACUCGGGAUUGCGAGUUUGCAGAGGUGUGAUGCAGCCCGUUUUUAUUUUUUUCCUAAACUGCAAAAAAAGCGUGGGGUGCCACGAUCUGAGACCAUGACAUAACACAUAAGGGCGGGCUCAAUUUCCCCAUAUGUAACACUUGCUGUGAAUCGCUGCUGCUAUUGUCCAUAUUACUACACCUAACUAACUAACUAACCCCCCC